UUUGCACGAUGCUCGAUGCAUGAAUAAACGAUGCAACCACACUCAACUUCCGAACUGCCGAUCAAAACCAGCGGGGAUAAGGAUCGUUACCGGUACCGCCCAUUACUGGUGUCAUCAUAUAUUCAAAUAAAAAUCGAACGACCCAACCUUUCUUCUGUUUCUACUGGUCUCAUAAUAUCUGAGAGACCGCAAUCAGUCGCUAUAGGCUACCCACAACAAGCAACAACCAACAUCAACCAUGAUGAGUGCUUCUCUACAUGACGCCUCCUAUCGUUUUGACGCCUACCUUCGAUCCUCCAUUGUUGACCUCAACAAUCGAGCCAUUUCUUAUCUUCAAGAGGGCAACUAUCGUUCUGCUGUGUGGGAUUUGGAACGAGCUUUGGAACGGUUGGAAGACCCCAAGAUCUGGUACAAUUCCCACCCCACUCAUCACCUUUAUAACAGCCAGUCUAAUGAUUGCCAACCCAUCUUUCAGGUGGACGACAUGGCAGCUCUUCGUGUCCAAAGUGUCCCCAUUGCCCCUUCCGAUCACAAUGAAGCCAGUCGCAGUAACAUCUUUGAGUUUUACCGUCGUGCCUUUCAAAUCGUGUCGUCUCGACCCGAACAAUGUCGCAUCCCUCCCUGCAGCAACCUGAUUGUUCUCAAGUUCAACAUGGCCAUUGCCUACCACGACGAUGCCAUUCGACGCAACCGACGGUCCCAUUUUCAAAAGGCUCUGGAUCUCUAUCAAGAUAUUCUGAAUAUUAUGCAGGAUUUCAAGAUCCGGGGACAUUCCUUGUUGCUGCUGGCGAUUGGUAACAAUGUGGGACACAUUCAUGCCCAACUCAACAAUUUCCCUCAGACCAGGGAAGCCAUGCACUGGGUCCGAGAAUUGGCCAUGGCCUGCCGGGAACAAGCAUCCACUGUUCCGUACAGUGAUUAUACCUUCUUCUACAAGACUGUGCUGAUCUUUAAUGGGAAUGGUCUAAACAUUGCGCCGGCCGCUUGAUAUGGCCAAAGAGUCGAGUCUCAAGCACAAAUACAACAAUCUACACAAUGGAGUCUCUAGCUAGCAAUGGGCGUUGCAAAAAGACAAAUCCAUUUACCUUUUUUCUGGAUGAACCACAUGCCAAGCAACUCUACCGGUACCAUACAAGUUAUCAAAAACACAAAAAGGGCUCUUCUACGUCUACAAGGCCCGUGUUCUUUUGUGAAUCUGCUGUCAACACUCACAAGCUCGCGAAGUACCAUCCUACCUCCACCAUUCCUUUCUUCCAUACAGCGGCUGGCUGAAGCUGAAUUAGUUGUAUCCAAAAACCAGCUUCUUGCUGUUCGCUGACUAGCUCAACCUCAUGAUUCAUAAAUACAGUGCGAUUUCCUCUAGCUAGAGCAAACUACCUAGAUUUAAAAAAACAACACAAAAACGUUACGUUGCAAAUAAUGUUACUAUGAUCAAUACAGUGACUUUGUGUUUGACAGCAUGCCAGCCUCGCAGUUGCCUUCAGCGUAGCAUCUUAAUCCUCCAAUAACUGGUUAUCUUCGCCUUUUGCUGCUGGUGACUUUCCAAAAAUCGAAUC